CCAGGCCCCGCCCACCUCCUCCCACCUCUCGCCCAGGCCUGGCUUCCGUCCUGCCCGCGGAGAUUAACGCAAACCCGGAAGCGGAUCGGGUGGAGUGAAGGUCACAUCGCCAUGAUAUCUCUUCCAAAUGCUUGAUGAAAAAGGUGGGAGGAUCACUUGAGCCAGGAAGUUGAAUGCUGCAGUGAGCCCUCUUUUUGCCACCACACUCCAGCUUGGGAUUGAUUCUAAAGACUCAUGUUACGUGAGGAAGCAGCUCAGAAGAGGAAAGAAAAGGAGCCAGGCAUGGCUCUUCCUCAGGGACGCUUGACUUUCAGGGAUGUGGCUAUAGAAUUCUCAUUGUCAGAGUGGAAAUACCUGAACCCUGCGCAGAGGGCUUUAUACAGGGAAGUGAUGUUGGAGAACUACAGGAACCUGGAGGCUGUGGAUAUCUCUUCCAAAUGCAUGAUGAAGGAGGUCUUGUCAACAGGGCAAGGCAAUUCAGAAGUGUUCUACACAGGGACAUUGCAAAGACAUGAAAGUCAUCGCAUCGGAGAUUUUUGCUUCCAGGAAAUUGAGAAAGAUAUUAAUGACAUUGAGUUUCAGUGUCAAGAAGAUGAAAGAAAUGGCCAUGAAGUACCCAUGACAAAAAUAAAAAAGUUGACUGGUAGUACAGACCGAUAUGAUCACAGGCAUGCUGGAAACAAGCCUAUUAAUGAUCAGCUUGAAUCAAGCUUUUAUUCACAUCUGCCUGAACUCCACAUAUUUCAGAUCAAAGGUAAAAUUGGUAAUCAACUUGAGAAGUCUACCAAUGAUGGUCCCUCAGUUUCAACAUCCCAAAGAAUUUCUUGUAGGCCCCAAAUCCAUAUUUCUAAUAACUAUGGGAAUAGUCCCCCAAAUUCUUCAUUACUCCCACAAAAACAGGAAGUACACAUGAGAGAAAAGUCUUUCCCAUGUGAUGAGAGUGGCAAAGCCUUUAAUUGUAGCUCACUUUUAAGGAAACACCAGAUAAUCCAUUUAGGAGACAAACAAUAUAAAUGUGAUGUAUGUGGCAAGCUCUUUAAUCACAAGCAAUACCUUUCAUGCCAUCGUAGAUGUCACACUGGUGAGAAACCUUACAAGUGUAAUGAGUGUGGCAAGUCCUUCAGUUAUAGGUCAUCCCUUACAUGCCAUCAUAGACUUCAUACUGGAGUAAAACCUUACAAGUGUAAUGAGUGUGGCAAGAUCUUUCGUCAAAAUUCAGCCCUUGUAAUUCAUAAAGCAAUUCAUACUGGAGAGAAACCUUACAAGUGUAAUGAAUGUGGCAAGGCUUUUAAUCAACAGUCACACCUUUCACGUCAUCAAAGACUUCAUACUGGAGUGAAACCUUACAAAUGUAAGAUUUGUGACAAGGCUUUCGUGUGUCAUUCCUAUCUGGCAAACCAUACUAGAAUUCACAGUGGAGAGAAAACUUACAAGUGUAAUGAGUGUGGUAAGGCUUUUAAUCAUCAAUCAAGCCUUGCACGUCAUCAUAUACUUCAUACUGGGGAGAAACCUUACAAAUGUGAAGAAUGUGACAAAGUUUUCAAUCAGAAAUCAACCCUUGAGAGACAUAAGAGAAUUCAUACUGGAGAGAAACCAUACAAAUGUAAGGUUUGUGAUACAGCUUUCAUGUGUAAUUCACAGCUGGCACGACAUAGAAGAAUUCACACUGGAGAGAAAACUUACAAGUGUAAUGAGUGUCACAAGACCUUCAGUCGCAGGUCAUCCCUUCUAUGCCAUCGUAGACUUCAUAGUGGUGAGAAACCUUACAAGUGUAAUGAGUGUGGCAAUACCUUCCGUCACCGGGCAUCCCUUGUAUACCAUCGUAGACUUCAUACUCUAGAGAAAUCUUACAAAUGUACGGUUUGUGACAAGGCUUUCAUGCGUAAUUCAGUCCUGGCCGUACAUACUAGAAUUCAUACUGCAAGGAAACCUUACAAGUGUAAUGAAUGUGGGAAAGCUUUUAAUCAACAAUCACAUCUUUCACGUCAUCAUAGACUUCAUACUGGAGAGAAACCUUACAAAUGUGAAGCAUGUGACAAAGUUUUCAGUCAGAAAUCAGCUCUUGAGUCACAUAAGAGAAUUCAUACUGGAGAGAAACCAUACAAGUGUCAGGUUUGUGACAUAGCUUUCACAUGGAAUUCACAGCUGGCUCGACAUACAAGAAUUCACACUGGAGAAAAAACUUACAAGUGUAAUGAGUGUGGGAAGACCUUCAGUUACAAGUCAUCCCUUGUAUGGCAUCGUAGACUUCAUGGUGGAGAGAAAUCUUACAAAUGUAAGGUUUGUGACAAGGCUUUCGUGUGUCAUUCCUAUGUGGUGAAACAUACUAGAAUUCAUAGUGGAAUGAAACCUUUCAAGUGUAAUGAGUGCAGCAAGACCUUCAGUAACAGGUCUUCCCUUGUAUGCCACCGUAGAGUUCAUAGUGGAGAGAAACCUUACAAGUGUAAUGAGUGCAGCAAGACUUUCAGUCAGAAGGCAUCCCUUCUAUGCCAUCGUAGACUUCAUAGUGGUGAGAAACCUUACAAGUGUAAUGAGUGUGGCAAUACCUUCCGUCACUGGUCAUCCCUUGUAUACCAUCGUAGACUUCAUACUGGAGAGAAAUCUUACAAAUGUACGGUUUGUGACAAGGCUUUCGUGCGUAAUUCAUACCUGGCAAGACAUACUAGAAUUCACACUGCAGAGAAACCUUACAAGUGUAAUGAAUGUGGGAAAGCUUUUAAUGAACAAUCACACCUGUCACGUCAUCAUAGAAUUCAUACUGGAGAGAAACCUUACAAAUGUGAAGCAUGUGAUAAAGUUUUCAGUCGCAAAUCACACCUUAAAAGACAUAGGAGAAUUCAUACUGGAGAGAAACCUUACAAGUGUAAUGAGUGUGGCAAAGCCUUUAGUGACCGGUCAACACUUAUUCACCAUCAGGCCAUUCAUGGUGUAGGGAAAUUUGAUUAAAAUAAUGAUUGUCACAAAGUCUUCAGUAACGCUACAACCAUUGCAAAUCAUUGGAGAAUCCAUAAUGAAGAGAGAUCUUCCGAGUGCAAUAAAUGUGGCAAGUUUUUCAGACAUCGUUCAUACAUUACAGUUCAUCGGAAACUUCAUACUGGAGAGAAACCUUACAAAUGUCAUGACUGUGGUAAGGUCUUCAGUCAAGCUUCAUCCUAUGCAAAACAUAGGAGAAUUCAUACAGGAGAGAAACUCAUAAGUGUGAUGAUUGUGGCAAAGACUUUACUUCACAUUCACACCUCAUUACAUAUCAGAGAAUCCCUACUGGAGAGAAAUCUUACAAAUGUCAUAAGUGUGGCAAGGUCUUCAGUCUGAGGUCACUCCUUGCAGAACAUCAGAAAAUUCAUUUUUGAGAUAACUGUUACCAGUGCAGUGAGUAUAGCAAACCAUCAAGCAUUAAUUGACAUUAGAGUCAAUCCAGCAUUGACUUGAGUUUGUGUUGACUUAAUAUUAAGUUCAAGCCUUAAUUGACAUUCAAGUGUUUAUGUUAAGAGGGUGGGGCCAGGUGUGGUGGCUCAGGCCUGUAAUCCCAGCACAUUGGGAGGCCAAGGCACAUAGGUCACUUGAGGUCAGAAGUUUGAAACCAGCAUGGCCAACAGAUGUUGGCCACUUUUGCCAUCCUGUUUUUUGUUUCUUAUUUUCGUAUUUAUUUAUUUAUUUUGAGAUGGAGUGUCACUCUUGUUGCCCAGCCUAGAGUCCAAUGGUGUGAUCUCAGCUCACCACAACCUCCGCCUCCCAGAUUCAAGCAAUUCUUCUGCCUCAGCCUCCCUAGUUGCUUGGAUUACAGGCGUGUGCCACCACGCCCGGCUAAUUUUUUGUAUUUUUAGUAGAGACAGGGUUUCUCCAUAUUAGUCAGGCUGGUCUCGAAUUCCUGACCUCAGGUGAUGUUCCCACCUUGGCAUCCCGAAAUCCUGGGAUUACAGGCAUGAGGCACCGCGCCCGGCCUUGUUUCUUAUUUUCUAUUUUUUUAUUUUUUUGAGAGGCAGGAGAAUGGCGGGUGAACCCAUGAGGUGGAGCUUGCAGUAAGCCCAGAUAGCGCCAUUGCACUCCAGCCUGGGAGACAGAGUGAGACUCCGUCUCUAAAAAAAAUAAUAAUAAAUAAAAAAAUGUAGUUUAACCAGUUAGUCUGUUUUUCAGUUUCCUUUCCUUAUGUCAUUUGUUAAAAUCUUGAGCUGGGAGUUAUUUAUUGCGUUUUUCCCUCAAGGCCCUCUGGACCAUUCUGGAAAUAUGUUGAAACAUGGCCUGGAGUGGCAUAGGGCGCUCCUCCAAAAGCACCCAUGUAUUCUUUUCCUUUGUUUUUUUUUUUAAAUGGAGUCUCACUCUGUCACCUUGGAUGGAAUGCAGUGGUGCGAUCUCAGCUCACUGCAACCUCUGCCUCCCGGGAUCAAGUGAUUCUCCUGCCUCGGUCUCCUGAGUAGCUGAAAUUACAGGCACCUACCAGCAUGCCUGGCUAAUUUUUGUAUUUUUAAUAGAGACGGGGUUUCACCAUGUUUAUCAGGCUGGUCUCAAACUCCUGACCUCGUGAUCUGCCAGACCCGGCCUCCCAAGGUGCUGGGAUUACAGGCAUGAGCCACCGUGCCCUGCCUCUUUUUUUUUUGAGAUGGAGUUUCGCUCUUGUUCAGGCAGGACUGCAAUGGUGCGAUCUGGUGUCACUGCAACAUCUACCUCCCAGUUUCAAGGGAUUCUCCUGCCUCAGCAUACCGAGUAGUUGGGAUUACAGGUGCCCUCCACCACUCCCAGCUAAUUUUUUGCAUUGUUAGUAGAGACAGGAUUUUACCAUGUGGGCCAGGCUGGUCUCGAACUCCUGACUUAAGGUGAUCUGCCCACCUCGAUCUCCCAAAGUGCUAGGAUUACAGGCGUGAGCCAUCGUGCCUGACGACUCAUGUAUUCUUGAUUGAAAUAAUUUGCUUAUGUCUCAGUUCUACGGUUGACCUUCUUUCACUGUUUUCAAGGUCAAUAGCUGUGUGUUUACACUUCUGCAUUUUAUAAAUGUUCCUGUGAUUUUCUUGUAAGGGAGAAUUAACUGUCAGGAAUCAGUGUCAUCAGAACCUUGCAAAAGAAGUUUCCUCUGCAUAGGUAUGCAUAAGAUGCUUCUCGAAUUUUCAAGGAUGUGGGUGAUAUAGACCAACCUUUCCCAUUAGCCCAUCCAGGCCCCCAUGUAAGACUUUAGACACCUUCUCACUCAUCUCAGACCAUCUCAGUGUAACUUGGUGAAAAUGUGAGCCUCCCUGCAACUUGGCAAUGAGGGACUUGACCAGAAAAGCUCAACCUGAGUGACUCUGACCCCUGAAAUGAUUGGUAAAAUGGAGUGCGUGUCUGGGUGUGGCUUUUUCGUUUUCUAUUUUUUUUUUUUUUUUUUGAGGAGAGGAGUGCCCAGCUGUAAUUAGAAUUUUCUUUUUUUUUUUUUGAGACGGAGUCUCGCUCUGUCGCCCAGGCUGGAGUGCAGUGGCACAAUCUCGGCUCACCUCAAGCUCCGCCUCCUGGGUUCACGCCAUUCUCCUGCCUCAGCCUCCUGAGUAGCUGGGACUACAGGCACCCACCACCGCACCUGGCUAAUUUUUUGUAUUUUUAGUAGAGACCGGGUUUCACCGUGUUAGCCAGGAUGGUCUCCAUCUCCUGACCUUGUGAUCCGCCCACCUUGGCCUACCAAAAUGCUGGGAUUACAGGCGUGAGCCACCGCACCCGGUUUGUAAUUAGAAUUUUCAAUGGGAUGCAGUGCCCUCAAAAUGAAAAACAAAAGGAGAAGGAUGGAAGAAACAGAGCUGUAGGCUCAGACACAGAGACAAUCUUCAGGGCCUUUCUCUGUAUGAGGACAUCACAGCGAAAUCUAAAGCAGGUCAUGUCAGUCCCUGGCACGGAACCCUCCACCAGCUUCCCGUGUUCCCCAGGACAAAAGUCCAACUUCUCACCGUGGUUCCACAGCCCUGUGUCCAGGGCCCCUGCCAGUGUCCAGCCUCCUCCUGGGAGCUUGCCCUCAUCCCAUGAAUCCCUCUGCCCCAGUCAUAUUUGCUUUUCUCUUUUCCCAAACCUGAAAACCCUUCCUGUCUCAGGUCAUCAUCCCUGCUCUUACUCUAUGUACACUGUCUCUUUCUCCUUCAGGUCUAGGCUCAGAGCUCUCUCCCAUGCCCUCCCACCCCAGGUCUCAGCCUCCGGAGUAGCUGGGACUACAGACGCCUGCUACCACACCCGGCUUUUUUUUUGUAUUUUUAGUAGAGAUGGGGUUUCGCCAUGUUAUCCAGAAUGGUCUCAAUCUCCUGACCUCGUGAUCUGCCCACCUCGGCUUCCCCAAGUGCUGGGAUUACAAGCAUGAGCCACCAUGCCUGGCAUCUGAAUUUUUUUUUAAAUUUUUUUGAGACAGAGUCUUACUCUGUCGCCCAGGCUGGAGUGCAGUGGUGCGAUCUUGGCUCACUGCAACUUCCACCUCCCAGGUUCAAGCAAUUCUUGUGCCUCAGCCUCCUGAGUAGCUGGGAUUAUAGGCGUGUGCCAUGACGGCCAGCUAAUUUUUGUAUUUUUAGUAGAGAUAGUGUUUCACCAUAUUGGCCAGGCUCAUCUUGAACUCCUGACCUCGUGAUCUGCCCGCCUCAGCUUCCCAAAGUGCUGGGAUUAGAGGCAUGAGCCACCAUGCCCGGCAGCAUCUGAACUUUUAAUGACUUGGAAUUGUGGGGAAAAGAGAGAGAUCAGACUGUUACUGUGUCUACAUAGAAAGAAGUGACAUAAGAGACUCCAUUUUGUUCUGUACUAAGAAAAAUUCUUCUGCCUUGAGAUGCUGUAAAUCUGUAACCCUAGGCUCAACCUUGUGCUUGCAGAAACAUUUGCUGUGUCAACUCAAGGUUAAAUGGAUUAAGGGCGGUUCAGGAUUUGCUUUGUUAAACAAAUGCUAGAAGACAGCAUGCUCGUUAAAAGUCAUCACCACUCCUUACUCUCCAGUACCCAGGGACACAAAACACUGGGAAAGGCCUCAGGAACUUCUGCCUAGGAAAACCAGAUAUUGUCCAAGGUUUCUCCCAUGUGAUAGCCUGAGAUAUGGCCUGGGAAGGGAAAGACCUGACCAUCCACCAGCCCAACCCGUAAAGGGUCUGUGCUGAGGAGGAUUAGUAAAAGAGGAAGACGUCUUUGCAGUUGAGAUAAGAGGAAGGCAUCUGUCUCCUGCUUGUCCUGGGGCAAUGGAAUGUCUUUGCAUAAAGCCCGAUUGUAUGUUCCAUCUACUGAGAUAGGAGAAAACUGCCUUAGGGCUGGAGGUGAGACAUGCUGGAGGCAAUACUGCUCUUUAAGCCGUUGAGAUGUUUAUGUAUAUGCACAUCAAAAGCACAGCAUGUUUUUCUUUACCUUGUUCAUGAUGCAGAGACAUUUGUUCACGUUUCCCUGCUGACCCUCUCCCCACUAUUACCUUAUUGUCCUGCCACAUCCCCCUCUCCGAGAUGGUAGAGAUAAUGAUCAAUAAAUACUGAGGGAACUCAGAGGCCGGUGCAGGGGCAGGUCCUCCGUAUGCUGAGCGCUGGUCCCCUGGGCCCACUUUUCUUUCUCUAUACUUUGUCUCUGUGUCUCUUUCUUUUCUCAAGUCUCUCUUUCCACCUGAUGAGAAAUGCCCACAAGUAUGGAGAGGCAGGCCACCCCUUCAGGAAUGGAAUGGAAAGUGGAGAUACAUGUCAGUGGUACAGGAUGCUUUAUCACAUCAUUGAUUUUAUUAUUUUUUUUUUGAGUUGAGUCUCCCUCUAUCACCCAGGCUGGAGUGCAGUGGUGAGAUUGUGGCUCACUGUAGAUUCCACCUUCUGGAUUACAGUGAUUCUGUUGCCUGAGCCUCUCGAGUAGCUGGGAUUAGAGGUGCGCGCCACCACUCGUGUAACGGCAUGAUGUGAUGUGUGUGCAUGGAGACAUGGAUGGAUAAGCCCAUGGUUUAUGUAGAAAACACAUGAUUUGCAAUAAGUUAUAUUUUUUAUAAUUGUUAGGAUUGUAAGUAUUUUUCAUUUUUGUUCACUAUCACAAUAAUGAGUUAUUAGUAAGGAUUGGCCAGGCGAGGUGGCUCACGCCUGUAAUCCCAGCACUUUGGGAGCCCAGGUGAGUGAAUCACAAGGUCAGGAGUUCAAGACCAGCCUGGGAAAAAUGGUGAAAUGCCCUCUCAACUAAAAAUUAGCCAGGCCUGCUGUCAGGUGUCUGUAAUGCCAGCUACUCAGGAGGCUGAGGCAAGAGAAUUGCUUGAACCUGGGUGGAAGAAGUUGCAGUGAGCCAAGAUCGUGCCACUGUACUCCAGCCUGGGUAAUAGAGUGACAUUCCUUCCCCCAAAAAAUUAAAAACUUCAUAAUUAUUAAUAUUAUUAUUAUUACAGGCAUGAGCCACUGUGCUUGGCCUGUUUUCACAGACACAUCUCUUCCUACUCAGCCAAGGGAUCCUUCUUCACAUCCAUGGUCUCUACUUUGCUGUACUCCUCAUAGACUUUACUCAUUUUUUUUGUGUGUAUGAAAUUCUGGAAUCUACACAACGCAUAUUUUUGAGUAUAUGCUUGAAACUAGAAAUCAGAGGCCAUUUUACUUAAGAGAUGUAAAACUGCUUUCACCUCAGGCCACCAUACUGCUGCUUUUUUGGAUCUUGUUCAUUCUUGUCCCUUGCCCAUAUUGUAAUUUGCGUCGUUAAUCGUGGGUCAAUAUUUUACCAUUUGCUCAAUUAGUUCCACUUUCGUCCAAGCUCAAGAUUUGGUGUAUCCUAGUGGAAUUUUAUUCCCACAGACGUGCAUGCACAAAGUUCCCUCCCACAUGCCCAUUACUUCCUGCCUCCACCCUUGCCCUCCUUUCCCGGCCUUGCCUCACAGGGUACAUUGAUCUGGAUGCAAAUACUGUUGCUUUCCAGCCUAUUGAUUUGUAAUAGUGAACACCCCAAUUUCACUGUGAGCCCUCCCCUCCAACACCACUCUCCCUGAGUAAGUCAAGACUUAUUCAUCCACUAGACAAAAUUAUAGGAGGCUGCCUAAAUCAUUGUGUGCAGGGCAUGAUGACUCAGCACAUGAUCCAUGAGGGAUGGAUUUAGCAUCAGUGUCAGCAGCGCAGCUCAGCCCUUGUGUCCCAGCUCAGCCCUUUUAUCUCCCUUAAUGUACUUCUAUCUGUUCUUUUUUUUUUCUCUUUAUAUAUAUAUACUUUUUUUUAUUAUACUUUAAGUUCUAGGGUACAUGUGCACAAUGUGCAGGUUUGUUACAUAUGUAUACAUGUUCCAUGCUGAUGUGCUGCACCCAUUAACUCAUCAUACUUCUUUCUCGUAUUUUCUGUGACUGGUCAUUUUCUGUAUUUUCUUGGCAGACUAUUGUGCUUAAAAACAUGGGAUCCUUCAGGCCCAUGAUCAAGUUUGUUCCUCACUUACCGUAUGUGCAAAUUGGGGUCAUGUGCAUGAACACCCUGGCCUGCUGUACUUAUUUGAGAAAUAAUGUUAAUUUGCCUCUAGAUUUUUUUUUUUUUUUUGAGACGGAGUUCCGUUCUUGUUGCCCAGGCUGGAGUGCAAUGGGGCAAUCUCGGUCACCGCAACCUCUGCCUCCCAGUUUCAAGUGAUUCUCCUGCCUGAGACUCCCAAGUAGCUGGGAUUACAAACAUGUGCCACCAUGCCCAGCUAAUUUUGUAUUUGUUUUAGAGAUGGUGUUUUUCCAUGUUAGACUGCUCUCAAGCUCCCGACCUCAGGUGAUCCACACACCUCGGUCUCCCAAAGUGCUGGAAUUACAGGCGUGAGCCCCGGCACCUGGCUGCCUCCAGGGUUUUAAAACAAAUUAAUGCUAUUAGAUGGCUUCACAUAUUGCAGGUUUUGUGCUACAGGCUCUAAACUUCCUUUGUGUAAUAAGAUUUGUCAGCCUUCCGUGAUGUUGAUGAUGACAUGCUCCUUUUCCUGUCUCCCUCAUUUCACUGUCCUGUUAGAAAUAGCUUAGACUGGCCGGCCACGGUGGUUAACACCUCUGUUGCCAGCACUUUGGGAGGCCAAGGUGGGUAGAUCACUUGAGGUCCAGAGUUUGAGACCAGUCAGGUAAUCCCAGCACUUUGGGAGGCCGAGACUGGUGGAUCACCUGAGGUCAGGAGUUUGAGAGCAGCCUGGCCAACAUGGUGCAACCCCUUCUCUACUAAAAAUACAAAAAUUACCUGGGUGGGGUGUCACAUGCCUAAAAUCCCAGCUGCAUGGGAGACUGAGGCAGUAGAAUCACUUUAUCCCUGGAGGUGGAGGUUGCAGUGAGCCAAGAUCAUGCCAUUACACUCUAGCCUGGGCAAGAAGAGCAAAACUCCAUCUCAAAAAUAAAGAAAGAAAAAAUAAAAAUAAAAGCACCAGUCUUAUUCACGUAUAGUCAACACCCAUGACCAAAUUCUCUCAAAGACCCCAUCUACAGGAACAUCCAAUUGGAGAAUAAGAACUCUGAACAUGGCUUUUGGCCAAUAUGAACACUCAGACCAGGGAGCCUGCAUCAUAUUUUUUAUGUUUUUAUUGUGCAAUUUGUUUUAUAAAAUGUUUUCUCUGAUCCCAGUUUAUAAAUUUUCCCAGUAUACAGUCUGUGUUUUACAUUUCAUGCAUAGUGAACUACAUAACUAAGGCCAAUGCAUGUACAUAGAAUUGCUGUAUUGCCUGGCUGUUAUAUAACUGUAGUUGUGAUAUCAUAAUUGAGCCCUCUGACACUGUUAGUCGAUUCUUUUUUUUUUUUGGAGACGGAGUCUUGCCCUGUUCCCCAGGCUGGAGUGCAAUGGCAUGAUCUCGGCUCACUGCAACCUACACCUCCUCGGUUCAAAUGACUCUUCUGCCUCACCCUCCAGAGUAGCUGGGAUUACAGGUGCCUUCCACCAUGCCCAGCUAAUUUUUUUGUAUUUUUAGUAGAGACAGGGUUUCACCAUGUUGGCCAGGCUGGUCUCGAACUCCUGACCCCGUGAUCUGCCCUCCUCUGCCUCCCAAAGUGCUGGGAUUACAGGCAUGAGCCACCGCACCCUGUGGUUAGUCAAUUCUUACUUCUUAUAGUGCUGUGUAUUUACUUGAACUCAUACAUCAGAAGGUAGUGAUCUUAAGUGUAUUUCAGUUCUUAUAGUGUGUGCUGGUGGUAAGUAGAAGUUGUGGCUUUUUUCUUAAGAGGGAAUUGUUUAGAGGUCUGCUGGCUGUAUAAAUGUACUUAUUAUUUCCUUGCUAGUCUUAUCAUGGGUUACAAUAUUUUAUUAAAUAAUUUUUACGAUUUUACAUAGGGCUUUUCAGUAAGUGGUAUGCUGGGAAACAUGGUGAGACCCGCUUUUCUGCAAAAAAUACAAAAAUUAGCUGGGAAUGAUGGCACAUGCCUGCAGUCUCAACUACUGUGGAGUCUGCAGUGGGAGGAUGGCUUGAGCCUGGGAGGUCAAGACUGUAGUGAGCUGUAAUCAUGCUACUGCACUCCAGCAUGGUUGACAGAGCAAGAUGCUGUCCAAAAAAGAAUACUUAUUGUAAAGUUUGGGUACAGGAAUAAUGAAGUCAUUGAUGCUUUACAAACAGGCUAUGGAGUUGAUGCCCAAAAGAAAUAAACAGUUUGUAAAUGAAUAACUCAUUUUGAGCUGUGGCAAGACAAUGCUGAAAGUGAUGCAUGGAGCGGCAGGCAGACCAUCCACAUCAGUUUUACAGAAAGAAAGUUAAUCUUGUUCGUGCUUCAGUGAAAAGAACUAACAGCAAACAGGAGAAACAGUAGUCAGGAAUUCGAUAAUAGCCUGGUUAACAUGAUGAAACCCGGUCUCUACUAAAAAUACAAAGAUUAGCUGGGCACGGUGAUGGGCACCUGUAAUCCCAGCUACUCGAGAGGCUGAGGCAGAAGAAUCGCUUGAAACCAGGAGGCGGAAGUUUCAAUGAGCCGGGAUCCCGCCAUUGCACUCCAGCCUGGGCAACAAGAGCAAACCUCUGUCUCAAACAAACAAACAAACAAACAAAAAUGUCUAGCCCCCUCUCCUUCUUUCUCUGCCAUCGUGGUGUGUGCUUGACUCCACUUCUUGUCAUGUCUUCUCACAAGACUUUCAGGAUUAAGCGAUUUCUGGCCAACAACCGAAAGCAAAAUCAUCCGAUUUCCCAGUGGAUUCGAAUGAAAACUGGCAAUAAAAUGAGGUACGACUUUAAAAGGAGACACUGGAGAAGAACCAAGCUGGGUCUAUAAGGAAUUGCACAUGAGAUGGUACACAUAUUUAUGCUGUGUGAGCCUCAUAAUCACGUUGCUCAAGCUGAAAAUGUCACUACCAUCUGGAGACUUGGACAUGUUUUAUUGGGAAUAUAUUUUUUUCUCUCUGAAUCUGUUAUGAACGCGUUGGUUGGGUGGGUUCAGUAAUAAACAUGUGAGACCUUUCAUUUCAAAAAAAAAUUUCAAAUGACGUAAUAGAUUACCUAAAUUUCUGUUUUGCUUUGUUUUGUUUUUUGAGAUGGAGACUCCACUGGGUUCAGUGGAUCGCACCUGUGGUCCUGGCACUUUGGGAGGCUGAGGUGGGAGGAUUGCCUGAGGCCAGGAGUUUCCUGGGAAUCUUCUCAUCUCCCCUAACCCAGUUCAUGAAAGAUCCUUGGGCUUUACUGUUAGGGAAAAAAUCUAUAUAAAACAAUAUCAGCGGCCGGGAGCGAUGGCUCACGCCUGUAAUCCCAACACUCUGAGAGGCCAAGGCGGGUGAAUCACUGAGGUUAGGAGUUCGAGAACAGCCUAACCAACAUGGAGAAACUCUGUCUGUAUUAAAAAUACAAAAUUAAGCCGGGCGCGGUGGCUCACGCCUGUAAUCCCUGCUCUUUGGGAGGCCAAGUCGGGCGGAUCACGAGGUCGGGAGAUCGAGACCAUCCUGGCUAACAAGGUGAAACCCUGUCUCUACUAACAUACAAAAAAUGAGCCGGGCGCCGUGACGGGCCCCUAUAGUCCCAGCUACUCGGGAGGCUGAGGCGGGAGAAUGGCGUGAACCCUGGAGGCGGAGCUUGCAGUGAGCCGAGAUAGCACCACUGCACUCUGGCCUGGGCGAAGAGCAAGACUCUGUCUCAAAAAAAUAAAUUAAAAAAAUACAAAUACAAAUAAAAAAUUAGCCGGGCAUGGUCGCACGUGCCUGUAAUCCCAGCUACCCAGGAGGCUGAGGCAGGAGAACUGCUUCAACUUGGGAGGCGGAGGUUGCUGUGAGCCGAGAUCACGCCAAUGCACACCAGCCUGGGCAACAAGAGAAAAACUCCAUCUGAAAAAAUAAAAUAAAAAACAAUAUCAGUAUGUCAGAGCAUUAUGUCUGCCACAAUAUUUGUGAAAGGAAAAUCAAAAUUACUAACCAAAGAGAAAAGUCAAGCUGGGAACUGUGUCAGACAAACCUGCCUCCCAUUUUAUUCCUAAACAAGAUAGCUACAAGGACUAAACAGAAAAGCUACAUACUCCACUCACAAACUGUGGGCCUCAAGAUCUCCACCCCAAAAUAGUUCUGUUGAAUUUCACCCUGGCAUUGUAAACUGAGCUUAUCUUCACAGGUGUAGGAAAGAACCCAUCCCUCUGCACACCUGAGUCAAAUGUCUAUCUGACUGCUUCCCCUGCCCUAUUGUUUAUGUAAAAAUGCAGGGUCACUGAGCCAGCCUAAGGCAUAAGUGACUAUUCCUCCACCGUCUCUCACAUAUAAAUUGUGUAUUCAAUGAAAGGCUGAUCGAAGACUCAAACACUGUGAUCAUUUCUUAUCUCCCUGUGACCUGGAAGCCCGCAAUUCCAGUUAUUCCACCUUUCCAGAUCGAACCAAGGUGGAUCUUACAUGUAUUGAUUGAUGUCUCAUGUCACCCUAAAUUUGUAAAUUGCAGCCUGAACACCUUGGGCACACGUCAUUAAGACUUCCUGAGGCUGUGUCAUGGCUGCAUUUUAACUUUGGCAAAAUAGAUUUCUAAAUUCAUUGAGACCUAGUAGAUGCUUUUGGAUCACAAGCUCAUGAACACAGAAAAAAUCAAGAUAGAAUAAGGAAAAAACUAGUGUAAUGGAAAGCACAAAAUCAGUUCCAAAAUCUGAACUCCUUCAUGUUUAUUCACCAUAGGGAAAUGCUUUUCAACUUUGUGGGAUUAGAUUCCAUUUGUGAAAGAGAUAUAUAUAUAUAUAUAUGUUUGUUUGUUUUGUUCUUUGAGACAGAGUUUCACUCUUGUUGCCCAGGCUGGAGUGCAAUGGUGCUAUCUCGGAUCACUGCAACCUCUGCCUCCCAGGUUCAAUGGAUUCUCCUGUCUCAGCACCUUAAAUAGCUCGGAUUACAGGCAUGCAUCACCAUGCCUGGCUACUUCUUUUGUACUUAGUAGAGACUGGGUUUCAUUUUGUUAGGCUGGUCUUGAGUUCCUGACCUCAGGUGAUCCGCCUGCCUCAGCCUCCCUAAGUGCUGGGAUUACAGGUAUGUGCCACUGUGCUGGUCUGAAAGAUAUAUUUCUAAUAUUGGAUUGAAAUAAAAACCCAUUCUAUAUAACAUUAGCUAAUUUAAAAUGGAAAUAGUAGAUAAUCAAUUGCAUACAUACACAAAACUUUGUAACAUUUCACUUAGUAUUGCUAUUACUAAGUUAUUGGGGCAGAAGCUCAGUCUGUCAGAUACAUUACAAAAGAGUGGUGUCUCCAUAAUUGUGCUUAGGACUCUGCUGCAUAAGUGGAUAAACUGUUAAACAGUAUCCUAGGAGAGCUAGGGUGACAAAGUUCAAGUUCAUUAAAACUAUCAAGACACAUUCCUUACUGCUCACGCAUGAGUCACGGUCUUAAGACGUUUACAGUUAAGGAAAGCAGCUUAAUCAUACCUGCAAGGACAAACUCCUACAUAAACACAAUGUCCAGAUGACCCAAUAUCCCAUGACAAUAUAUGCUUCUAAGAUAAUUACAGUCGUGCUUUCACAUAUUUGCACAUUAAAAUACCAAGGAUAGGUUUUUUUUUUUUUGAUGGAGCUUCACUUGUGUCAUCCAGGCUGGAGUGCAAUAGCACAAUCUCAGCUCACUGCAACUUCCGCCUUCUGGGUUCAAGCGAUUCUCCUGCCUCAGCCUCCUGAGUAGCUAGGAGUAUAGGCAUGCGCCACCACCCCCAGCUAAUUGUUGAAUUUUCAGUAGAGAUGGGGUUUCACCACGUUGGCAAGGCUGGUCUCGAACCCCUGAUCUUAGGUGAUCCCUCAACGUUGGUCUUCCAAAGUGCUAGAAUUACAGGCGGGAGCCAAUGCAACCGGCCAAGGAUAGCUUUAAAUCAACAAAGUAAUAAGUUGUGUUACACUGUCAGCCCACUGGCAGGUAGACAUACCUUAGUUUUUACCUAAGCACUUAUGUAAGAGAAAUUUUAAGAGGAGGCAGUUCCCUUUGUUUUUGAGGUCACCCUACUAUGUAACUGGUAGCUUGCUUUCUUUUUUUUUUUUUUUUUUGAGACGGAGUCUCACUCAGGCUUGAGACACCUUGUCCAGCUGUAUUUAUUAUUAUUAUUAUUAUUAUUAUUUUGUUUUUGAGACUGCGUUUCACUCUAGUUCCCUGGGCUGGAGUACAAUGGCAUGAUCUUGGGCUCACCACAGCCUCCGUUUUCUGAGCUCAAGCAAUUCUCCUGCCUCAGCCUCCCGAGUAGCUGGGACUACAGGCGCAUGCCACCAUGCCAGGCUAAUUUUUGUAUUUGUAGUAGAGACAGGGUUUCUCCAUAUUGGUCAGGCUGGUCUCCAACUCCCGACGUCAGGCCAUCCGCCUUCCUCAGCCUACCAAAGCACUGGGAUUACAGGCUUGAGCCACCACGCCCGGCCUGAAGUAGUAUUUUUUAGAAAGUAAUUAAACCAUUUUUCAGCAUAAUGACCCAGAGAUGUACUUCUGAAGGACUUAGGAGCUCUUCCUGAAAGGCAAGCAACAAGGGAGAUAUUACCUGUAUGUCAGUAGGAAAUUAAAUAUUUCAAAUAUCGACUAUUUCAAAUUUAAAGCUACACACUUUUAAAUAAUUAAGAGCCUUGAGAGGAACGUGAUCAUGCAACCUGAGUCCAGUGGCAUGCAGGCACAACUUCUACAAGUUUUCCUGGCCAGGCACGCAGGCUCAGGCCUGUAAUCCCAGCACUCUGGGAGGCUGAGGCAGGCGGAUCACCUGACAUCAGGAAUUAGAAACCAGCCUGGCCAACAUGGGGAAACCCCGUCUCUACUGAAAAUACAAAGCCAUUAGCCGGGCAUGGUGGUGCACACCUGUAUUUUCAGCUACUUGGGAGGCUGAGGCAGGAGAACUGCUUGAAUCCAGGACGUGGAGGUCGUAGUGAGCCGAGAUCACAUCACUGCAUUCCAGCCUGGGUGACAGAGCAGGACUCCUUACCAAAACAAAACAAAACAAAAUGUGCUAUACAAUUUAGUUUCCUAAUAUCAAUUUUAAAAGGUUUUCUUGUAAAUAAUUAGGAAAACUAAGCAGCCCCAGAGAUAAGACCUCCUGGCAUCAUUGUCCCUUCUUAUAGAGUGAUAAAGUAACCUUCCUUGAAGUGUAUCAAUCCAUCACCAAUCAAGCUGCCGCAGCCUAUGCACUGGACUUGAAUGGAAAAUGUGGUGAUUCUGGUAAAGCUUCUCUAUCUUUCCUUGUCUGUAUGAAACGUUAAUGUCUCUACUUGGGAACGCUGACCCCAUUCCUUUGGAGUUGAGGUUUCCAGGUGGCUAUUCUCAUGCUUUGUGUCCAAAUAAACUCUAUAAUUAAUAAUGUAUUCUAAAUUUCAUUAUUUACUGCUGACAUCAGUUUCUGUUGGAUUGUAGGAGCCUCAUCAGAGAGGGCACCUGUCGCCAUGUUGUAAAACUCACACUUGUCAAAAAGACAUGGGUUAGGGUUUCUCUCCCUCCCUCAGGAUGACGCUAGUUAGCUGACACAGAUGGUCACCUCCAUUACCAAGUAGAGCCAGGGUGAACUAUGUGUGACCAAGGGUGUUGUCAAGUCCUCUUCCCUGAGGACUGAUUAGUGUUUAUCUUGAAAACAUGUACUUGGGUUGUAUAGAACAGUGAAGUUUCUUUCUCUCUUUUCAACCUCUCAACUGUCCUCUAUUUUCCAUCACAUUCUGGUCUAAAGCUUAUUUAUUAAUAAAAUAGUUUUUAUUUCUU